GCCGCUGGCGGGGGCGGGGUGAGAGGCAGAGCCCAGCGGCCGGAAGUGAGGCCAGCCGGGCGGGGCUGCGCUGCGCGCGGGAAACCGGCUGGGUCCGUGUGGAGGCAGGGCAGGCGGUUUCUCUUAAAGAAAAUGGAGUUUUCUCGAGAAAAAAGGUUGAAGGGAAGGCUGGCUGGUGAUAGACGAGGUGAUCUGUAUCCUCACAGCUUGCAGUUCUACCUGCAGCCUCCCACUGAGAAUAUUUCUUUAGCUGAGUUUGAAAAUUUUGCCAUUGAUAGGCUUAAAUUGCUCAAAGUAGUUGAGAACCUUGGUGUGAGCUAUGUGAAAGGUAGUGAUGAGUACAAAAGCAAGCUGGAGCGUGAGAUUCGAAAGCUUAAAUUUCCAUACAAAGCUUUGGUUGAAGAUGAUUAUGAUGCAAGGAGGAAAGACCAUAUCUCUCAUUUCAUACUGCGCCUUGCUUAUUGCCAGUCUGAGGAUCUCAGACGAUGGUUCAUUCAACAAGAAAUGGACCUUUUUCGAUAUCGGUUUAAUGCGCUAACUGGUGAUUUGGUCGAGAAAUUCCUGAAAUAUGUUAAUUUGUCAUAUGGAGCUAUUAGCAAAGAAGUGAAAGAAAAACUUGCAGUCCAACUGCGAAAUUCAACUCCUGGCCUAGGUGGAGCUAAAGUAGAAGAACUGGAAUUUUAUAAGGUUCCUUCACAGGAGGCUAUGGAUUUGUUUAGAGUAAGAAGAGUUUACCUUCUGACUGGCUUCGCGUAUGUGCCUCAUACGGACAUAGUUGCAAUAGUUUUAAAUAACUACAGAACCAAACUGUCUAAGGCCCUUGCGCUGACAGCACGAUCACUGCCUGCUGUACAAUCUGAUGAGAGACUGCAGCCUUUGCUUAAUCACCUCAGCCAUUCCUAUGUUGGUCCAGAUUACAGCAUACAAAAAAAUGUUGGGAAAAUUUCAUUAGAACACAUUGAUGCACUUUCUGUUAAAUCAUUUCCUCUUUGCAUGAGACAGUUGAACAAAGCCCUGCAUGAUAACCACCAUCUCCGUCAUGGAGGCCGUAUGCAAUAUGGAUUGUUCUUAAAGGGCAUUGGCUUAACACUGGAACAAGCUUUGCAAUUCUGGAAGUUUGAAUUUAUUAAAGGAAAAGUGGAUGCAGACAAGUUUGACAAAGGGUAUGCCUACAGCAUCCGCCAUAACUAUGGAAAAGAAGGCAAGAGGACUGAUUAUACACCAUUCAGCUGCAUGAAGAUUAUCCUGUCCAAUCCACCAAGUCAAGGGGAUUAUCAUGGGUGCCCAUUCCGCCACAGUGAUCCUGAGCUACUGAAGCAGAAGCUGCAGUCAUACAAGAUUCCUCCCACUGGGAUAACUCAGGUUUUGGAGUUAGUGAAAGGUAUGCAUUACCAGCUGGCCUGUCAGAAAUACUUCCAGUUGACACAUGAUGUUGAUGAUAUUGGGUUUUCUUUGAAUCAUCCCAAUCAAUAUUUUGCAGAGAGUCAGAAGCUACUAAGUGGUGGUAGAGAAGUGAAGAAAGAACCAAGUGAACCAGAAAGCUCCCAGCAAAAACUGAGUAGUCAGAAAAGUACAAAUUCAUGUUCCAUUCCCACUUCUUCAAACACAGAAGCAGAUACAGAACUGGAGGGACUGGAUGCAUAUUUCACUGAGGACUGAGAAGCUUUGUUGCUUAUUUUUCUACCCUUCGUUACUUCCCUAUAAUUUUAGCAACAUUUUCCCUCACAGUAAGAGAGUAAGCACCUGGCUUUCUGGAUAGCUUGGGCCUGUAACUCUCUAAGUUGGCUGAUGAAAGGAAAGAAGAGAUACAUACAUUGUAAUUUUAUCCAGUACUUUUCCUUGUAGAUAGAGCACAUCAGUUCCAAAGUGCAGUCAAUUUCUAACUGCUUGGGGCAUGGAAACCGAAAGUUAGUUCCUAAAUUUGAAUGAUAUUGCAGUUUCUGUGACUUGUUCUGCUUGUUUCUGUGCUCAUAAGCAUUUUGUGUGUAACCCAUCUUCCCGCCUUAUACUCAUUUUCAUAUAGCUUUCUCUUCACUUUUUUUCUUAAUAAACAUAUGUUGAAAUGUAAAAA